GUUUCUAAAUUUUCUGCACUAACAAUGUCAACACAGAACCACUUUCUGAUAGCUACAAAGAUGGGCGGAGUAACGACUAUUAUUGCGGUGGCACUGCUCGUAACAUUCGGCGCGCAGAUGGCGGCGAGUGAGUCCGACGUGGAAGUUGCGGCGAGCAAGGAGUCUCCUCAGGUACCCUGGUACUCUGGAACAUCCAACCAGCUGUCGGCAUGGUACUUUGGAGCAUCCAAUAGGCUGAUGGCUUGGUACUGUGAUGCAUCCCAUCAGAUGCUGGCAUGGUGGGAGAAAACUCUGAAGCCACUUACGCUCCACUCGGCCGAAAGGCCCCUCGAACAGGCCCCCAUUGUCUACUGCAGUCAGCCACUGGACACGUUAAAGAUCUUCCAGCAGAUAGGCCAACAGGUGCUGAACCAGGAGCAGGCCCUCAACCGCAUAGAGAAUGCCCUGAGUGUCAAGGAAAAAUUCCGUUCCGUGGCUUUGAUCGGACCCCCGGGCGUGGGCAAAACACUUACGGCCACGGCACUCCGGCAGUACUUUCCGUGGCAGAAAAACGUGCAGACCUACUCGUGGACCACCAGUGUGCCGGACGCUGAGCAGAAGUUUCUGCACCAGUUUGCGAACCAGCUGUCCGACUGUGGCAUGAAUCUGCUGAUCAUCGACGACCUUCAGUCGCACGACCACGAUGUGGUUCCCAGCAACAACAAGCUGCUACUGGAGCGUGUGGCGACUAGCAAUAAAAUUGUUUUGAUGGUUUACAUUUUUACCUUGAAGACGGACAGCUACUGGGCCCAGUUUGAAGAGCUGCAGCGUCGUCUACCCAAACAAAUGCCGCUCGUUAAUUACCGUAUCUUCGGACGCGAUGACCUGAAAGACUGCCUGAAGAAGGAGCUGGUCGUAAUGCAACGCGAGCUCUGCCCAGACGAACAGACACGCAUCCUCGGCAAGGCCCUGGACAGACUCCAUUAUGCCGGAUGCAAGGUCCUGCAUCCACUCAUUCUGCAGGAAGGAUCGAAGAUCGAUACGUCUGAUGCUUCCAUCUGUAGUCGCUGAUUUGAAGCGCUUAUUAUAUUAAAUUGAAUUGAAGUGAAA